AUGGCUCCAUUUGCCUUCCGCCGAUGCGUCAGUUCCAUAUAUGGUGAGAAUGAUUAUAAGGAUUUCGAGGAUUUUGAAGAUAUUGAUAGAAUCAAACCAUUAGGCCUUUUACUUCUGGUAAAAGUAGAUUUGUGGCAUGUUGGAACUCGUUAUGCCAAGCUCAUAGAUUUUAAUUAUUUGAUCAGUGUGAUAAAGGUUAACAAUAUCUCUGAAGCUAGUACUUUCAAUAAAUUGUAUAAUGCUGGUGUCAACCAACCGAAAUGCAUGCAUCUUAUUGGGCAUUCUUUGAGUGGACAACUUGUUGCACGUGUAGGAGAGCAUUUGGUCUUUCCUGCUUACAAGAUAACAGGUUUGGAUUUCGCUGACCCCUUAUUCCUCAGAGACCAUUUAAAUGUCAAAGAUGCCCUGUUCGUCGAUGUAAUACACACUGAUGCAGAAGAUUACGGUCAAAUAUUUGACAGUGGCUCUGUAAAUUUUAAACCGAAUUUUGGGCGUAGAAUACAGCCUAGCUGUCCUAUAGUUAACAUUCCUUUUUCGGACAAUGCAUUUUGCAGCCAUCACAGGUAUUGGAUGUUCUGGGCGGAGUCACUUCAGAAUGAAAUAGGUUUCUUAGCAGUUAAAUGCAGCGAUAGUGUUAAGUUUGCAUUAGGAUUAUGUGAUUCUAAAGACAUAAUACCUAUGGGGAGUUGCUACACCCCGGAAUGCAACCGGUGUUUAUUAGUUCGCACAAAUGCGGAAAGUCCUUACACCAUAGCAAUAUACGGAACAGAGAGGAUUUUAGUAACAUUGCGGUGA